AUGGCGUCCAGAAUACCUCCUUGCCCGGACGACCGCUCCAUCAAUGACUGGCGUCCGAUCGAAGUCAUCUGCAUCGGCGCUGGCAUGUGUGGUAUUGCCGUCGGGUGCCUCUUCCCUCAACACAUCCCCAAUUUAAAAUUGACCAUCUACGAAAAGAAUACAGAUGUCGGCGGGACGUGGUUCGAGAAUCACUACCCGGGCCUGCGUCCAGACCUUACGCCACACGUCUACCAGUAUACGUUUGCCAGCAACCCCAAUUGGACCAGAUUCUACCCUCCGGGGCCAGAAUUCGAAGAGUACCUGAGGACCGUCGCCAGAAAAUAUGAGGUUUACAAACAUGUCGAGUUCAGCCAUCGGUUUUUGAGCGCAGAGUGGUUCGAGGACGACGCGCAGUGGGAAGUGACAGUAAAGCGAUUGGAUGACGGCACCACCUUCAAAGACCGUGCCGACAUUCUGAUCAAAUGCACAGGAUUUGUCAACGACUGGAGAUGGCCUAAAGUCCCCGGUCGAGAGAAAUUCAAAGGCACAAUGCUUCACACGGCCAAUUGGGACGACAAUUUCGACCCAGAGGACAAGACGGUUGCAGUCCUGGGGUAUGGGUCGACAGGGGUCCAAAUCACUCCUGCGAUUCAACCGAUUGUCAAGCAACUGGAUCAUUACGUCCGCGGUAAGGUCUGGGUUCCUCCCGGUGGAGGGACCAAUACAGAGGAACUGAUUGAGCGCAACGCGCACAUGAACUUCGAUCACGACUUGGGCGAACGCCACAAGUUCUCUGAGAAUCCAGAAACAUACUUGCAGUUCCGCAAGAAGCAGGAAUCCUAUUGUAACAAUGUCCAGAAGAUCUUCUUCAAGGAUACCGAGGCGCAGCUGAAUUUCACCGCGUUCCUUGACCAAAACCUGAAGGAGACCACCAAAAAGAAGCCUUGGCUCUAUGAAACCCUGAAACCAGACUAUCCCCCUGGAUGCCGACGGCUUGUGAUGGGUCAGGGGUGGCUGGAGUGCAUGCAAAAAGACAACGCCAACAUCAUUCCCAAGGACGUCAGGGAAUUCACCGAAGCUGGCAUCAUUGACGAGGACGGGGUUGAACGAAGCUACGAUGCCAUUAUCUGCGCCACCGGUUUUGAUUCGAAGCUCGACAGCAACACUACCCCUAUCAUUGGCAGAAACAGCACUCCAUUAUCCAUGGUGUGGAAGGACAGACCGACGGCGUACAUGGGGAUCCAGCCCGAGCAGAUGCCGAAUCUGUUCUUGAUGUUCGGGCCCAAUUCGGCGCCGUUCGCAGGAUCCAUUGUUCACACCUUCGAAGCUUGCGCUCACUACAUUAUCAAAUGUGUCAAGAAGAUCCAAAGGGAGUACAUCAAGUCCAUGGUCUGCAAACCGCUAGCUCUGAAGAGCUGGAUCAAGCAUGUGGAUCGCCACAUGGGAAAGACAGUUAUGUCCGCUUCGUGUGUCACGUGGUUCAAACGGAAUGAACCUAAUGGUCCCGUCGUCACAUUAUGGCCAGGCUCCGCCAUGCAUGGUUAUUUCGGGUGGGAGAAUCCACGAUUCGAAGAUUUCGAAUAUACUUCCUGGCUUCCGGAGGACGAUCCGUUCGGUUGGAUCGGGAAUGGGAACACACUGGAAGAAAAGACCGGAGAAGGGGACACCACGCUUUACAUGGACUACACCGACGUUUCCAAGGUCCUUCAUGUCUCAACCACCGACUAUCCAGCUCCGGGCAGACUUCAGAGCGCUCUGACUAAUGGUCUUCAUCCAAACUAG